AUGAGCUUUCCCAGCCUGAGGGUACUGGAUGAACAAUUGCAGGGCGAAUUUCAGAGCUUCCUCGCGGCAUUCCACGCAGACAACAGCUAUUAUUUGGACUUUGACUCGAUAAUCGUGCUGAACAAUGCCUUUGUCUAUCUUGACAGCGAGGGUCAAGAAGAAGAGCAAGAGCUUGCAACGCAAAACAGGAAACUCUCCAUAACAACAACAAUCGAGUCAGUAGUCUUCGCCAUGUCUUCCUCUGGAAGCUAUGGUUACGGUGGUUCUGGCUCUGGGUCAGGGUCGGGGUCGGGGUCUGGCAGCUCCGGAGGCUAUCAGUGGAGUAGCUCCGGCUCUUUCACACCUCGAGGCGCAAAGAAUGAGUGGGACAAAAAGGGUAGCAAGCGAGGCGGCUCUUCUGAGAAGGACAAUGAUUCUGGCUCAAAGAAGCCGAAGAAGUAG